GUGGAUCGUAUCAUCUUCUGCGUCUUUUUGGAGGUUGACUACAAAAUUUUCAAGAAGAAAAUGGGCGAGUUUUUCCCUCUAGAUGAUGCUAAUGAAGAAGGGACUGAGCUGAGGGAAGAAACAGGAUUGGAACAAAAGACCCAGCCUCCAUCUCCCACAAAGAGCAAAGAAGAGCAGCCUGAGGAGCUGCAAGGUGAUGCUGAAGUUGGUGGUGACAGCACAGAGGAGAAGCAAAACACUGAAGAAACCGAGGCCCAGAGCCAAGAAGCAGAUGAGACAAAACCUUCAGCUGUAGCCAGCCUAUCAUCAUCAGAAGAAAGAGAGCUGAGUGAGGAUAAAGACUCCCUGAAAGACUCCAAAGGCGCACGGGAGGGUGACCCAGUGCAUCCUGUGGAAUGUGAACAAGAUCAAGCCGAAGGACAACAGGAUGUUUCUGCAGAGGAAGAGGUGAAAACUGGGGCAGAUUCCCAAAGCUCCUGCAUGGAAAUAGAAGAGCCAGUGUUGACCCAAGAAGGCACAACAGAAGUUGAGAUACCUCCGAUUCAUGGUGCAGAGGAAAAAGAAGGAAAAGAAGAAGAAGAAGGAGGAGUGGAGGGUGCGGAGGAAGCUUCUGCGGAGCCUAUGAAAAUUGACCUCCCAUGUGAAGCAGCAGACGUUUCAAAUAAGGACGCUGAAAUGAAUAGUCAAGUUGAAAGUAUAAAUGAUCCUAUGGAAACAGAGCGGGAAGCUUAA